CUGGGGGGGCGCUGGGAGGGGGCCGGGGCCCGGGAGCAGCUGCGCGCCCCGCCCCGCGGGCUCCUCCCUGCCGCCGCGGCCCCCCGGUUGCUGCCCCGAUGCGCUGCGCCCGGAGCCGGGGCCGAGUAGCUGCCGCAGCUGUUGGGGCGCCCGGGCCAGGCGACACCGCCGUCGCCGGUGCCCCUCCCAGAUCCCGCCGGCCGCAUGGAGCCCCCGGAGGGCGCCGGCCCCGGAGAGAUCGUUAAGGAGGCUGAGGUGCUGCAGGCUGCGCUGGGCGUCCCAGCCCACGGGACAGGGGACAAUGGCCACACGCCUGUGGAGGAGGAGGUGGGGGGCAUCCCAAUACCAGCACCGGGGCUCCUGCAGGUCACGGAGAGGAGGCAGCCUCUGAGCAGUGUCUCCUCUCUGGAGGUCCACUUCGACCUCCUGGACCUCACGGAGCUGACCGACAUGUCCGACCAGGAGCUGGCUGAGGUCUUUGCUGACUCGGACGACGAGAACGUCCACACCGAGUCCCCAGCAGGUGAGGCCGGCAUCGGGGCUGGGAGGGGUGCGUGGUGGGCUGAGGCCCCUGGAAGUCCUGGGAGGUGUGCGUGUGUUUUAGCAAGAAUCCGUCACCACUUCAUUUCACCACGCUGCUAUCUGCCCAACUUGAAGCAAUUUCCCCAUCACAGCUGCUUAAAACUUCACUUUUCAAGUGAACGACAGAAGGCUAAAGCCACUGUCCCCUCAAAAGCAGAAUUUAAUGAACGUGAAUUUUCAUCAUAAAUUGGGCCAAGAAUGAAAGGUGGGGGUGAUCACCAGCCCGGGCCCCUCCUCAGCUCACUUAACUUCCUCUGACUCCCAUGGAGUGUUGCCAUUGGCCUGAAGGCAGCUCCGGUGUCCUCACUCUGCCUGCGAGCAGGGCCCCCGGCACGGCCACGUGCUCAGGCGUGACCAGAGCACAGGACUCACCACUGAGGCUGUGACAGCGUGUCCUUAGUCUCUUCUGACAAUGGCCAGUGAAGGACACUGACGUGACCUGUGUGAACUUCAGUGAUAACUGUGAGAGCAUCAGGGCCGAGCCUUCACUGCGUGGGACAGUUCGGCCCGGCCUCUGCUUCCCCACCCCCCAGGCCACUCAGGACCUCAUUAAAAGGACCAGCCCCACUGUGAAUCCUGCCAGCGGCCAGCGGCUCCCCUGGUUGCUGGAGGUGUCAGGAAGGGGUGUCGGCCUGUGUGUCCUGGGCUGCUGCAGCCCCAGGUGUCUGGGAGGGAAUGGGGCCUGGUGAGUCAGCCCCCAGCUCCCCUCCAGGACACGGCCAUUGCCUGACCCUGGCCAGUUCCCACCAUCUCCAUGUUGGUGGCAACUCUUCCCACCCAGCCCAUGAGCCCAGGCAUGUGCUACUGUGGCUGCGGAGGUGGAGUGAGGGGCUCAGACUCCAGCCCACCGGAAUCCCCAGCCCCACAGAGCCUGCACCACGGAGACACAAGGCCCAUGAUGGGGCAGAGGCUCCAAGAGGCCUGCAGGGCUCACAGGAGUGGUUGGCUGAGCUGGGACACCUGCCAGGGGGUGGUUUGGGGAGGCCCCACCAGGGUCAGUUGACCACGCAGGAGAGGCUCAGCCUGGGCUGUAGUGACUCUGGGGAGCAGUGCCCAGGCCCCACCCAGACCACAAUGUCCACCACUCCGGUGGGGCCAGUGUGUGGUGGGGCCUCCCGUUAGAGGUAGACGUGUGCACGCCAGGCGCAGGGGCCGGUGCAGAGCAUUGGCAGGAGUGGCCCAGGAGGCCAGCGGGACCUGAAGCCCUCCUGCAUUCACCCAGGCCUCUCGGCCAUGCUGAGUUGCCCUGCCCGCACCCCCCUAGGUUUGCACCCGCUGCCCCGGGCUGGCUGCCUGCGCUCCCCUUCCUGGACGAGGACAAGGGCUGAGCAGAACCGCGAGAAGCAGCCCCUAGGUGACCCUGAGCGGCAGGCCACAGUCCUGGACACGUUUCUCACUGUGGAGAGGCCCCAGGAGGACUAAGCCGUCUCCGCCUGCCCUCCAGCUCCUGCAGGGCUGGAGUCAGAACAUCACGAUGGCAGAUCUGGGCAGUCCUGACCCAGCAGACACACUUCGUACCCCCACGAGGCUCCAGCCGUCACCUCCUGACACACACCCUGGGGGCAGCUCCCUGCCAGCCCCAAGGCCUGCCUUGUCUGUUGGGCACAGGUCUUAGCCUCACGUGGAGACCAGCCGGCUUUCCUGGGGGACACAUGGGGCCCCUGGAUGCCUCUGGGAGACCCAGCACAAGCACAGCCCAGUGGCCUUACGUCCAGCUUGUUCCUGGGCUGAGUCAGGAAGACAGCGCCACAGAGUCACUGCCGGAAACGUGGUGAGGAGUGGAGUGGCCCAUGGCGGCCCUGGGGUGAGGGGGACCCAGGCCUGUGACAGCCACUCCAGGAACUCCGGGGGCUGCUCCAACCUCCGCACUUACCUGUGCUACCAAGCUCAGAAGCCAGAGG